ACAGUUCUCCUAUGUUUACGCAAAGGUAAACAACAAAACUGGUAACGUCACCGAGUUUGGCGCAGGUAGACGAAUUUUCGCUGAAAUAAUCCCAAAAAUGACCGACGAAUUGUGUGAAAAAAUUGAAAAUGACGAGUUUUACAAAAAUUUCUUGGCCGAUAAGCCAAGCCCGGAACUCCAGCUAACAGUGGCCAUUAGCGACCAGAUCGCCAAACUCUCCGACGGUAUCGAACAGCUGUCCAGCGCGCUGCAGAAGCAGGUACGGGAGCAGUACGGUGCCCUGAUAUCGCAGGCCAAACAUGCCGGUACGCUUAACGCUUCGAUCGAAUCGAUAACGAGCCACAUCGAAACGCUCCAGUUCGGUGCGGAACGUUUGCGCCGGCAGAUAACCGUACCGUACGAUCUGCUCGAAACGCAAACCAAAGUGCUCGGUCGGCUGCACGAGGCAUCGCACGUGCUACGCCAGUGUGCCCGCUUCCUGCAGGUGCACAGGGAGCUGGACGGCACGAACGAUCUGGCCGAGCAGGCCAGCAUCGUGAACGAGCUGGAAGGGCUGAUGGAAGAUGUGGAUCUCACCAAGAUUGACUUUCUGCGCGACGAGAUCGGCACCGUCAAGAAGGCCAAACAGCGGCUGCUGAAGGUAGCGAAUCGUGAUCUUUUCGAGGGGAUUCUGAAAAACAAACCCGACCAGGUCGGUGUGUGCGUGCGCAUCUUUCACAAUCUAAAGAUACUGCCCAAAUGCUUGAACAACGUGCUGGAAACGUUUGGCAGCUAUCUGAAGGACGCUAUCAAGGAAUCGUUUGCCGGCACGGACGUCGCCAAGCUGCGCAAAACGGGUGUCUCGUCGCCGGCAAAGGAACGGGCCGAAGCACGCCAACUGAAGGCGCCGGGCAAAGCGCCAACCCUGACCAACUCGUCUAACUUCCGCACGAAGCUGUGGCAAGCGCUCGAAUGGCUGUUCCUGGACGAAAUGUACGGACACUGUACGCAGGUACUGUUUCUGCAAAAGUGUCUGCUCGAGCUGCCGCUCGGCGAUGACUACACGCUGGCGAAGGAGUUUGAUCGCAAGUUUUGGAACAACCUGGAGAAACAGCUUGUGAGCUCGUUCAAAGCGGCCCAAUCGCACGUAACACAAGCGCUGCAGCAGGGCCUACCGAAGCUGCUUUCGCUUGCCCGUGGGCUGGAAACAAAAAUCGAUCAACAUUUCACGUUCGGUGAGCAGGUGUUUGGUUCACUCGAGGCGGGCUAUCUGGAGAAGUGUGCCAACAACUUUAAGGUGGCCCUGGCAGAUAUCGAUUUCCCCAACCAGGAGGUGAUCGAUGCGCUGGUGCGCGUUGCAUCGACCGAGCUGAACGCGGCCAUUGUCGAUCCAAGGUUGAUCGGGCUUGUAACGGGUGUACUGUGUGUAUCGAACAAGGAUCUUUGGAAUAAGAUUGAACGCAAUGUGAAGCUCGGCUCGGAGACGCAGCAAGUUUUUGACAAUCCAAACGUGUCACAGUCCCAAAAUAUUACCCUUGCAAAUGUUAUCUGCUACCAUCAUGAAGCAAUCAACCGAUUGGUGCAGAAUUUGGGCACGAAAUUUUCCGCUCUCGACGCAGCGAAAAAGCUCACGUCCAGCCUGGUAGAAGGGAAGACAAUUAUAAUGGCCAUCUUACAGCCGCUGAUCGCUUCAAUCCACUCCGCGGUGAACGUAAUCUUGCUCUCCAUGCACCGCGAACCUGGUCUAAAUUCAAACAACAUUUCCACCGCCGGCCCCUCCCUGUACAUGAAGGAGCUGCAGGACUUUAUCGUACGCGCCUGGAGCACCCACAUUCUACCGUUCAACGAUCGGGCAGUGAUCGAGCAGGCGGGCCACAAUCUGGCCAUACGAUGCAUUGAACUGUUCGUUCAAAACCUUGCCACCAUUCGACCGAUUUCCUCCACCGGCAGACAGCGGCUCAAGGCCGACUGUCACCACCUGGAGGGUGCACUGAAACCGAUCGUGCCCGAUCUUUCUUCGCUCGGGAAAAGCUUCCGGCUGCUGCGUGCAAUCGCUUCCCUGUUCACCGUGCCGCCGCAGGAGCUGGUGGAGCAGACGAGCGAAGAGGGUGGCGUGGUGCCACCGUACAUCGUUCUGUUUAUGCUGUUUGGACACGCGGGCAACGAUAUGGCCAGCCCGCACGUUACUGCUGGCUGGGGCAACGAGAAGCUGCUCCAAUGGCUGGAAAGCCAUACGUCCGAGCGUGAACGGUUGGAGUUGAUUACCGGAGCGCUGCAGAAGUACCGCACGGUAGUGCGGCAGAAGAAUAUUACCCAGUACGAUCCUAUCUAUCCGAUCGUAACGAGCUAUUUGGAGAACGUGGUGAAGCAGUUACAUUAAGGAAGGAAUAAUAAACGUUGUAUGUAUUUUAUUUUAUUCAAUUACAUUCAAAUUGUACAUCGUUUUAUGAAGCUGUUCAAGCUAAGGGCUGGCUGGCAAAAGUCUCGCGGAGCGAGAUUUCGUUCGUGUUACAGCGAGAGCGUAAAUUAGGUACGUCUUUAGAAAGAUCCACACUUUAGCCACGAACGCCACUAUUGCUAACACUUCAAAAGUGGUAACGUGCGCGAAAAAGCCUGCCAAUGAGAGCAGCAAAUAUUAUUUUUAAAUUCAAAUUACGACUAUAAAUAUCUAUUCUUACCAACUUCAUUAAAAUAA